UGCGACACCAUGUGCUGUUCAGUGUUGACUGAAGCUCCGGCAUAACAGUGCAGGCAUCCAUCACUGUUGUGUGACACUCAGCACACAGUUUCAGGCACAGAGUAAAUGUUUAACCGAGGGAGCUGCGGAGUAAGGAAUCACCUCCUCACCUGCUGACACACUCUUUUAUUGUCUGUAUGUGAGCUGUGAACCUCUGUCCACGUCCGCGUCUCUGUCAGAGCAGGAACUCGCACUCAGGGACUCCAUGAGCUCGUCCACAGGCUGUCAGGAUGCCGUUGAAUUUCCACGUUUUACCUUCAAUCCAAAGGAGGGGAUUGAUAAUCCAGCUCUGGUCAUCUCUGACGACCCUGAGCCGGAUCAGAGUGCCGUGCCCAGACUGUGUCAUCUGAAGCGUCUGGAGGGACAGAGCUUUGGCUUCUACCUGCGAACAGACCACAGCAGCCGCGGCUUUGAGGUCAGAGACGUGGACUCAUGGAGUCCUGCAGAACGCAGCGGCCUCAGAGACGGAGACAGACUGCUGGAGGUCAACGACGAAUAUGUGGCCAACAUGGACUUCAGCACAGUGGUGAGGAGGAUCCAGUCGUGUGGCUUCCACCUGUUUCUCCUGGUGCUGAGGAGAGACGAGUAUGAGCAGGCCGUGUCUGUGGGUGAGGACCUGAAGAUGCUGGCCAGGCUCUCCAAAGGGGACGGCUGGUCCAGACCGAGACUGUGUCACAUCAGCAGACACCCAGAGCAUGGUCUGGGGAUGAGCAUCGUUUCAGUGGAGGGUCAGAAAGGUCACUACAUAGUGCAUACAGUUCCUGAUGGUCCAGCAGAGACAGCUGGUGUCUGCAAUUGGGACAGACUGAUCUGGUUCAAUGGAGUCCUGGUGUCAAUGCUCCCAAACUCCACUCUCAGCAAAUGUGUGAAGAAGAGUGGGAACGCAGUGACUGUGCUGGUCACUGACAGAGAAAGUGAGGCUUACUAUGUCCGGAGGAAGAUACCCAUCCUGCCUGUGGUGGCUGAAUGCAGCAGUCUCCCCUACGCUGCCAAGACCAUGCACCUGAAGAAAGGAGACGAUGGCUACGGCUUCCUGCUGAGACAGGAGCGGCUCGUAGGCCAGACUCAAACAGUUCAUUUGCUGAGGGAGGUGGAUGAGGGAAGUCCAGCUGAGGGUGUAGGCAUGGAGGACGGAGAUCUACUGCUGGCCGUCAACGGAGAACCUGUGGAGUCUUUGGAGCAUGAGGAUAUCGUCCAGAAGAUUAGACGGAGCGGUGAUGAAGUCAUCCUCGCUGCUAUAUCCAUACCAGGAAGAGACUUUUAUAGAAUGUUAGGCAUUUCUCCCCUGAUGUUCUCUGAAGUACAUGCAUCACAGGAUGAUAAGGGGUCCACUGUCUCUUCUUGCACCAAGAACCAGAGGAAUGCUCCUCACACAAAUGGACAUGGAAGCUCAGCUUUGCACUCAGGACCUUUAAUUACACAGUUGCCAAAGAGAACAAGUGAUGCCUUCUUGUGAUGUGAAUGAACACGACAAAAAUCACCCAAACCAGCAGUAAACAAAAAAAAGGAAAUGAGUAAAGGUUGUCACACACAAAACCAUCACGUUGUAACUGGAGCAUUUUUAUAACUAUAAUGAUUGUUUUUCUGUUAAUUAUAUAAAUGUUAUUGUGUGUAGAUUUCCUCUCAUAUCCUGUAUGCUCAAACUGUGAAAUAUUUGACUUCAUGUAUGUAUAUAUAUAGCUUUAUAUAGUGUUGACCACAACUCAAACAUAUAGAAAGAUUGUAAUGUAAAUAAUUGCAUAUGUGUAAUCUGAUUAACUGUAACAUGAACCUCUGCCUGAAUGUUUCAAUUCAUAUAAUGAAAAAAAAUGUAUGACCAGUUCAAAUAUUCAUUAAUGUUAUACAUUUUCUAUAAUAAACUAUUUGUAUGUA